CCCUUGUCUGCAACGUGUGCGCGGUCUCGAGCCACAAGCUCUCUCUUUCCUUUUCACCGCCCGAAGCAGCGUUCAAAGCACGCUGCCACGGAUCUCAGGACCUCCUCUCCCUGGCCUCGAAAAUUUCCCGGCCUUCACGACCGGUAGAGGGUUAAAUUUUAACACGUUUCUCCUGCCAUGUCUGGCCUGGCACCCGCUCUUCGCCAGUUCGUCCGCGGUUCCUCCUGCAAGCGUCCUAUAACGACUUCAACAGCAUGGACGCGUUCGUACUCGGCACCCACGUACUCGCAGCAAGUAUCGGAUGUCCAACAAGCUCUGUCGGAGGCCGUCCCUCAGUCCUCUGCGGCCCCGCACAAGGUCCCUGAUGUUGGCCUUAAAACCGUACGCGAGAACAAGUUUGUUACCCCGGGGCGCUUUUCCGUAAAGGCCUUCGAACAACACCGAUUCCCCCGUAAACCUCCAUAUGUCGGCCCCGAUGCAAAGACCUCCCGCUACAACGAUGCUUUCUACCAGCUCGGCAUCGAUCCUCUGGACGAGUGCACGAAUGCACGCCUGCUAUCGGACUUUGUGACUGAGAUGGGCAAGAUCAAGAGUCGCGCAGUGACAGGUCUGACCUGGCGCUCACAGAGACGACUCUCCAAAGCCAUCAGACGAGCGAAGAUGAUGGGCGUCAUGCCAAUGUUGAGCAAGAGGACCAAGUUGCCCUUCUAAAGGGCGAGACGGAUCUGGUCCAUAAUUGAAUGUCCUCAGAUCCUCGAGAACCCCGUCUGGAUCUUAAAUACCACCAUCACCUCGACCGGUACCAGGGGUCCCGGAACUUAGAAUAACGGUCCUCGUCGCCGUCCCCCUUUGUACCGUCUGGGCCAGACAUUGACGAUCGUGAUCACUCUGACGUACAAGAAGUAUUUCACCAGAAAUACGCAGUCGCACGCUAAGCCCCGAAAUUACACCAGCUAGAGUUCACUUGCAGGGGCUUGCUAUCAUGGGACACUGGAUGACUUCCCGUAAGCAUUU